UUGAAAUCAAAACACACAAAGUCUGAAAUAAUGCAUUCACUUGGGAAUGCAUACAGGCUGUGAUACUCCUGUGUAACAACCUCUCCACCCUCUUUAUUGAUGUUGCUUUUAUUACACACUUGUAAUAACACUUUGUCAUGUAACAGCCUUUCUGAAAAGCCAGCAGCAACAAUAAGCACUUUCCACUUCCUAUCCUUUUAAACAUCUAGUUCAAUCAAGAAAGAACUUAAGAAUUAAGAAGUUCCAGGAAGAAUGGCAGCUGGGAACCCUGGUUUCACUUUGGAUGUAUGAGUGGAUUUUUUCUUCUGAGGAGCACCCUGGAGCCUUUCUCUCACUGGAAUGGGUCUGGACUGAAUGAACAGGCAAGGAGCAUGACUUGGUGGGACCCUGGAAGAAUCUCAGCUACCAGAAGGAACAAACUGUCUGUCUCACCUGUGACGCUGGGAGCCAGGGACAUUUAACACCACCUCAGAUGGCUGCCUGUAGCCUGCCUCUGGGACUGUGGCUCCUGCUGUUUCUCCACGACAUCCAAACAGCCCCACAGACAUCAUUAACCCCACCUCAUCCCUGUGGUACACUUGAGAAUUGGUUCUAUGAUGAAAUUUCACAAAGCUGCUGUUACCGGUGUCCCUCAGGCUAUGUUAAAAAGAAAGCAUGUCCUCGGGAUCCAGGUGAAGACUGCAUGACAUGUGGACCUGAUCAAUAUGUGAACAAUGCAUUCCAAAAGCCAAGAUGCGAUGCCUGUGUGUCAUGCUCAAAAGAACCUGACCUCGUGGAGAAGCAGCCCUGCUCCUUCAAUUCCAGUCGUGUGUGCGAGUGCCGGCCAGGCCUGUUCUGCCGAACGAACGUUACGAACACCUGCACACGGUGCCAGCACCACUCUGCUUGCAAGCCUGGGUUUGGAGUCAAAAUCAGGGGCACCUCAACAAAUGAUGUCACUUGUGAGGAGUGCCCUCCUGGGACCUUCUCUGAUCAGAACUCCAGCACUGACAUCUGCAAACCCCACACAAACUGUGCCAAGUUGAACAAAGUAAUAUUAAGGAAAGGAAAUGCCACACAUGAUCAAGUUUGCCUGGACCAGUUGCCCACCUACCUCAUGCCAAGCACUUUGUCCAUGAGAUUCAGCAAUGAAACAAAUAACUCUGACCUGAGGAGGUUUAAGGAGAACCUGGUGACCUUUGCUAGUGGUGACCUUUUAAGUGUCACAACAACUGAAAAUCCCGAUUCAACUCCGGAGGAGAAAGCUCAGGCUGGCAUUUCUCCCACCUCAGCCAAGGGGGAGAUGACAACAGGAGGUGUAGUGCUUUGGGCAGUGGUUCUCUCUGUGACAGUGCUUCUUGGGGGCAUGCUGAUAUUUUGGAAAUGGAAGGUUUGCAAGAAGCGGAUCCUCGUCCUCAGAAGAAAGCCUCACCUGCAUUCGGUCAUCGUACACAAAUAUGCGCUCAAAUCUCAAGGUUCUGAUCUAGUGAACAAAUGUGCAAAGAUCAUACUGACCACUGAGAGUGGGCCAGAAGAGGAAGAGUUAAUUGACAGAACCCUUCCUUUGGAAACCAACAAUAACUUGGUAUCCAGCACAGAAAAAGCACAGAGUCCUCAUCGGAGCGUGACUGAUGUGACACUGAGCAGUGGGAAUGCCCCAGAUUGCCCUGUGGAUUCUCGAGUCAGAGACCACACAAAUAACAGAAUUGAAAAACUCUACAUCAUGAAGGCUGACACUGUUAUCGUGGGGUCCGUUUCAGAAGUGCCCAGUGGCAAGAACUGUGCUGUUAGAGGAUGUGAAAGUAACCUUGAUGCCCAGGAAAGCAUGGAAGAGGAACUGGAAAUGCACUACCCAGAGCAGGAAACAGAGUCCUUUCCAGGGAAUGAUGUAAUGGUUCCUGUGGAAGAGGAGGGAAAGGAAUUUCACCACCCUACCACUGCCACUGAGAAGUGAUAACCCACAGAGAUAGUGUGGGAAGAUACAGAAUCAUCCAGUGUGACACUAAGGCUGAAUUUAUGACAAGGGAAGUAAACACACUGUGCCUUAGAUUAUUGGGAAACUCCUGGAAAACACUGAAACACAUUCAAACAAGGAGAGAUAGAACCUAUUCCAUCUAACAAAUGAGACGAUCAUCCAAACCGUUGUCCUUCAUAGCUCACAUCAGAUAUUUCUCUUUCCCUGUCUCCCAGUAUCAUACUGAAAACAAAUUUGAAUCAAAGCUGCCUAAUUUAGAGGACAUCUAGAUGUCAGCUGAAGUUUCACAGCUUGCUUUCUCAGUGUGAAGGAAUGGAUUGAAAUCUAUGUGUAGUUACUUCUAUUAGCUGUGAAAAUUCUGGCCAGGAUUCUGAGUCAAGCUUGAGACUCAGCCAUGUUUCUUAUGUUGUUUCUAUUCCAAUACUUCCAAUUUUGUCAUAUAUUUUGCAGCAUGUGGUAUUUUCUCAAGGCCUCACUUUUGAUUGAAAAUGAUAAUAAUUUUAGUUUUCCCUAGCAUAAACAUAACUCUCAAGUUUGUGGACUUCAUGUUUCUUGAGGAAUUAGGGUCAAAUGGUGCCACACAGGCUCUGAAAACAGAAGGCCAUAAAACAAAUUGAAAUCCAUUGUACUUUAGGCCAUUCUUUCUAUUGGUUUUGAAGUCCAAUUCAUUUUUUUUUGACUAUGUCAAAUCAUCAGUAAGUGUACAAAACAGCCUCUUCUGAUGGAAGCCGAACUAGCUGAACAUUUGGCUAUUGGAUGAGCUAUGGGUUUAGCCCAAUGUGGAGCCUGUAAAAAGAGAAAUGAAGAAAAGAAACUAUUUUUCUACUGAAAAAGAGGCACAGCAGUUACUUCCUAUAACAUUGUUAAUAUCUACUUGUUUUAGAAUUGUUCAUAAUCAUCAGAGUGACACUGAUUUGCAUAUCCUGUUUGGUGGCCAACUGGCAUGUGUUAUGCUGUUUUUAAAUCUUUCAUGCUGCUUGUUCAAUAACUGUAAAUGUAAUAGUGCUGACUAUACUUUUGCACAGGACAGUGGAAAAUAAGCAAUAUGACAAAGCGUGUCUUAAUAAUCAAAAACAGGAACCACAAAACCCAUUGCUUGCCUUGUAGUUUUGUCCUGCUCAGAGCGCAUAACAGUGGUGCAGCUGCAGCGACUUCUGUCUUAGAGCAUACAAAAGGAACACGAGGACAUAAAAACACCUUCUUGGGCCAGACUGGAGUUUGAGCCAAACAUUUCAUCUCUGACAGUCGCAGUAAGGGAUUAGUUAGGAAGACCAUAUCUGCUGUUUGCAUUCAUCAUAGUUCUGCAGUGGCAGCUGGCAUUGGAUUAAGGAUUUCAAAGAGUUUGACUCAGCCUUUAUUAUUCUCUCAUAUCACCAUUAGUUUUUCUUCUCUCUUUUGAAUUUCCAAGAAGAAUCUGCCUCCAUAAGCAUCUGUGGCAACAGGUUACAGAUAUUGUGUACUGUGUAAAGGACUUCUAGCACUUUUAAACUGGCCUCUUUAUUUCAGUGAAUGUCACCAGUUCUUGUCUUACAGAAGUCAGUGAGUUGCUUUUUUUUUUUUUUGCAACUUUUGCACAAAGUUGCUUUUGUGAUUCCUGAUUGUAUCUCAGCUUUGAUUGAACUAAGCCUCCAAGACAAGUUCCCAUCUUUUCAUACUACUCAUGUACAUUUGAUGCUCCACUGCCUUGGUCACUUUAGUUGACCUUUCCUAUAUUGACUUUAACUUCACUACAUACUUCAUUUUAGAGAACACCAAUUUGUGAAUCCACAAACUGAAUAACCACAUUUACCUGGCUGUGAUUGUUCAGGGCUGUUCUGCAACGACUAAUUGUGCAUUUCCAUUCUGUAUAUUAAUUAAUCUUUUUUACUGGAACAGCUUUCUAAAAGAACCAUAGGCAUUGCAACCUGGUGGAUGUGUUGUAGUUGGUUGGUUUAAUAAUGCUGGUAAUGUCUGAAUUAAAAAUUACAUGGAUUUUAA